CGAACGCAUGGCGAGAGCUGAGUUCACCCGCAGAGCUGCUGCGCGAGAGAGACUGGGAACUGCUUUCGAUUGUUGGCGGGCGCCGCCAUCUUGGUCAGUGAGCUCGCGAGUGGCUGAUACGUUUCAAGGAGGAGCGGUGCUUCGUGUUCGUAUUUCGGGCGGCCAGGUCGACGUCAUAUUUCGUGCGCGCGUUUCCCCCCGCGAGCGAGCGUUCCUCAAGAGACAGUCCGCUGAGACCGGCGAAAUCCGCGAGCAUCCGAGAUGUCGGAACGGGAGGACAACGUUUACAAGGCGAAACUGGCCGAGCAAGCGGAGCGCUAUGACGAGAUGGUGGAGGCGAUGAAGAAGGUGGCUUCAUUGGACGUAGAACUCACCGUCGAAGAAAGGAACCUUCUCUCAGUGGCGUACAAAAAUGUCAUUGGCGCGAGAAGAGCCUCCUGGAGAAUAAUCUCGAGCAUCGAGCAGAAGGAGGAGAACAAGGGCGCCGAGGGAAAAUUAGAGAUGAUCCGCCAGUAUCGAUCUCAAGUUGAAAAGGAGCUCAAGGAUAUUUGUGCCGAUAUCCUUGGCGUCCUGGACAAGCAUCUGAUACCGUGUGCCUCCACGGGAGAAUCCAAAGUCUUCUAUUAUAAAAUGAAGGGCGAUUAUCAUCGUUACUUGGCGGAAUUCGCCAUCGGCAACGACAGGAAGGAAGCAGCGGAGAACUCUCUGGUGGCAUACAAAGCGGCGAGCGACAUCGCCAUGACGGACUUGCCACCUACCCACCCUAUUCGCCUAGGAUUAGCACUCAACUUCUCUGUAUUCUACUACGAGAUCCUCAAUAGUCCCGAUAGAGCGUGCCGCCUGGCAAAGGCGGCCUUUGACGACGCGAUCGCCGAGCUCGACACGCUGUCCGAAGAAAGCUACAAAGAUUCCACCCUCAUAAUGCAACUCCUCAGGGACAACCUCACCCUAUGGACAUCGGAUAUGCAGGGAGACGGUGAAGGAGAACAGAAGGAGCAAUUGCAAGACGUAGAAGAUCAGGACGUAUCGUAACUUUAACUGUAGUGAGUGUUAUCUUGCGCAUAUAAAACUGAGACACAAGAAAAAAAAACUCUUAAUAACUCGUAAGCAAAAGAAAACAAAAAAAUUCAGCAGGUGGCAGUUCGGGAUGGGAAGGGGAGAUCUUUUAGAAAUUCGCGUGACCUUUAAGGAAAAAAAAAAACAAGAAAAGACAAAAAACACGCACCGUUUUACGAUUACUCUAAAACAGAGCAGCAGCAGUAACAAUAUAACAACAAUCAACAAAAAUAAGAGAAAAGAUAAACAAUAAAUCAUUCGGUCGCAUUACAAACACACACAUAUACACGUUAAUUGAGUUAAUACGGAGCACGCAGAAAGUAACGAGCAAAAAAGGACACGCACCCUGCGGUAAAUAGAGAGACUGCAAAGCAUUUAGGAGAGAGAAAGAGAGAGAGAGAGAGAGAGAGAAAAAAAGAGGCACUUUUUAAUCGUCCCCCGUUUUCUGCGUAUCGAGAGGAAACACCGUCUUUGCACUGUGCAUGCGUCCGAUCAAAAUUAUAUCGACAUCGUGAACAUCGAGACGACGGUGACGCCGACCAUCGAUUGGCAGCCUCGAAAAUUCCAGUCGCACUUCUGGAUUGUACACGCCGUAGCGCACGUUGUUGUAGUGAUACGUUCUCUGGGACAAAUGUUCGGUUCACGCCGCGGUCUCUCUCUCAGUGAAUGAGAAAGAAUCACAUACAUACAUACAUACAUGAAACGCGCGCUCGCGUGCGCCCUAUACCAUCCUUUGGCAAAAAAGUGAAAGAGGCACGGAUGCUCGAUGUCACCGAGACACAUCGUGCGUGUGUGUGUGUGUGUGUUCGUUUGUUCUCAUACCUGUACCUGCACCACCACCCACCCGCCCAUCCACCCACCCGUUCCUACCCUCAAAAUUCCCUCCUCCUCGUCCCGCUCCUCCUGCUCCUUGAAACCUCGCUUUUUUACUGCGCGCAUGGUCGUCUCGCGUAUGUACUGUAAUCGCUACCGAUGUUUUUAGUGUAUGCGUGUAAGAGUCGAGUUUAGAAAUUGGUUCAUCUCAAGGUAAACACUGGCGUCUUUACGGAAAUAGCGGCGGCGCGGCGCCGUCAUGCCACAGUUGCUAAGACGGACCUCGCUUUCGAGCUUGUACUCUGUAAUAAGAUACGAUGUACUUCCGACGAAAUCCGAUUCGAGUGUAACAUUAAACACAUACGUACACAUAUACACACGUAUAUCCGCACACACACACACACACACACAGACACGUUCACACGUAUACAGCCGAACUAAAGAGAAGAGAAAACGAGAAGCAAAAAUGCAUCAUAGAUUUUUGGUAUAUAGCCCAGCUAUAUGAGAAGAAAGGAAAAUGUACCGCUUAUACUUCGAUUACCCCUUCUGUACCUCGUUGUAAACACACACUAACAUCGUUCGCCCGAGCUUUCGCGAGAGAGAGAGAGGAAAGAUAGAGAAAGAAUAGAAAAGAGCCUGUGUCGCGCAAAGAUCUCGAGAAACACGAGCGUGUCGUUGGAAUUUUCGGCGCGAUGACUCGCAAUUUCUUCAUUGUUCUUACACGCGUCUCACCGAGACGAGCAUUUUAUCGCAUUAGCUUGUGAGGAGGAGGAGGGAGGGAAGAAAAAGAGAGAGAAAGAGAAGGAAAAAUCGCGAGGAGCAAGGAAGAAAGAUAAACAGAAAAAAAAAUAAGAAAGAAAGAAUGGAAAAGAUUACGUUAUAUCGUAGGUGAGCCUCUUUUUAGCAUUACGUUACUCACAGCAAAGCAAGUAACUAUCUAGCUAGUCUGUAAUGUGGUUGUACGUUUUCAUACGCCCGUUGUGUAAACUAAUAUCGAUUGCUGUGGUAUAAGAAGUGACAGAAUAAAUGACUGUACCUCGACUUUUUCCACCCACGCGCGCACCACAUACACUCGCACACACACACACACAUACGGAGAUAUGUGCGCGCGCUCGCCUGCGUUUUAUAUACGCGUGCACGCACAGGGUGUUUGCCAAAAUUCCAGCGCAAGAAUGUGCUGAAAAAGUUCGCAGAGCACUCGACAACGAGCGCGCAUGCAGCUCUGUCAUUCGGUAUUCCGCGAGCUCUUCCAUCACAGUGUGUUUCUGCACUCGAAUUUGGGGCACUGCAUGUGUGUGUGCGUGCGCGCGCGCACACACACACACACAAACAAAACACAGUUAUAGUCUUUUCCAUCCAGAUACACGAUAAUCAAUCCGUGUCUGUAAUUAUCCAUCUGCCGAUUCAUCGACGAGAGCCAUUCCAUCGACGUUUUACGUUGAGACAUUCCAUUCUUCUUCUUGUAAUAAGGAGUCUGUCGGGAUCGUAGAUUUACAGUGAAAAAAAAAAUAUACUCUUUCUUCAAACCGA